CGCGCGCUGACCCCGCCCCGGAAGUGCCGGGCCCCAGGAGGAGGCGGUUGCCCCCAGCUGCGGUUCGGGCGCUGGAGCUAAAAUGGCGACGAAAACAGUGACCGGGAUUCGCCUCAGCGCGCUCUGUCCAAAGUUUUUGCACACAAAUUCUACCAGUCAUACCUGGCCUUUCAGUGCAAUUGCAGAACUUAUAGACAAUGCUUAUGAUCCAGAUGUGAAUGCUAAACAAAUAUGGAUAGAUAAGACAGUAAUAAAUGACAACGUAUGUUUGACAUUUACUGAUAAUGGAAAUGGUAUGACAUCAGAGAAGUUGCACAAAAUGCUAAGUUUUGGAUUCAGUGACAAAGUUGCAGUCAACGGCCGCGUUCCAGUAGGGCUGUAUGGAAAUGGAUUCAAAUCAGGAUCCAUGCGCCUGGGAAAAGAUGCAAUUGUUUUCACCAAAAAUGGAGAGUCUACGUGUGUUGGCCUGUUAUCUCAGACCUACCUGGAAGCUAUAAAAGCCGAGCAUGUCAUGGUUCCUAUAGUAUCAUUCGACAGGCAACGUCAGAUAAUUAACCCAGGAGAAUCCAGAGGCAACCUGAAAGCCCUUCUGACACAUUCUUUGUUCUCUUCUGAAGAUAAGUUAUUGGCAGAGCUUGAUGCUAUCCUGGGGAAAAAAGGAACACGAAUUAUCAUUUGGAACCUAAGAAGAGAUAAAAAUGGAAAAACAGAAUUUGAUUUUGAUAAGGAUAAAUAUGACAUAAGAAUUCCAGAAGACUUAGAUGAAGCAACGGGAAAACGAGGGUAUAAAAAACAAGAGAGAAUGGACCAAAAUGUGCCUGAAAGUGACUAUUCUCUACGGAAUUCUGCAAAGACCAUCUGUGACAGGAGUCAUGGGAGGGCAUUCUGAAGCAAGAGAUACUGUGUUCAGGGUUUGGUUGCAUUUGUUCUCAACCAGUAUUGGGUUUACUGCCGCUGCAGAUUGCUUUUGAUAUGAAUAAUCCAAAGGAGGAGGGAGAGAUGGGAAUGACUAGAUAGAACAGACCCUGCUUUUGUAACAUUGCUCUGUGCCUGUUUCUGGGGCAUGGUAGAACUGUUUGUAGUGCUUUAAAGCAAGGUUGCAAAAAAUAUGGCCCACUGGUUGGAUUUGACCCAUGAUGCUUGUCACCACAGCUGCUGGAACAGCUGCAUCCACAGGGUUAACCAGUCACUUACACCUUCUGCGCCCCCCCCCCAGCAUUAAAUUUGGGGGUUUAGUCGCCGCUGGUGAUAUAGUGGCCCUGGCAGCCGCAAGGAUUAACGCCUCCAUUGUUUGCAGGUUGUCCGGCUUAAUGGAAGCCUUGCAGUCUAGAUCAGGUCUCUUAGGCAAAUAAGUUUGACACCCAUGCUCUGUAGAAUAUUUUUUUUAAUUCAGUGAGGAGAGACAUUGUUUCUGCUAAUUACAUCUAUUACUCUGCCUGUGGGAACUUUCUGCCUUUAUUGCUGAAAUACCUUCAUUUAUGGUUUGUGGUUGUACCUUUGUAAGGUUUUUCACAGAAACCUGUAAGGAAGGCUUUCCCUUCUUAGUUAGUUUGCAGUGCAAUAAAAUAAAAUUUUGUAACUAUUUUGGCGUCCUCACAUGACCAGACUUGAAUAAAACAUUCCUAAAUGUGCAGUUUCUUCUACAGUACUACUCUGUUAGAUUUUUUUAGUAUCCACACACAUCACACUGCCUAAUCUGUCUGUGCACCAGGGUUGGAGUGGUCCGGUAGAGCAGGGGUGUCAAACAUACAGCCUGCAGGCUAAAUCUGGCCUGUGGAGCUGUUAAUACUGGUGGGCCAGGUGACCAAAGAGCUACCAGAAGUUGUCGGGUGUGGCCUGCCACAGAAUUCAGGGUCCCUGGACUUACGCUGUGUCUUAGAAUGAACUGUUGGGUUCAGAAGAUGCCCCGCGCUUGAACAAAGGACAUACUCACGAUUGUUUUCACUCUUGCAAAGAUUUAUUUAAGCAUACUCGCAGAGGCAGGCAGUAAGACAGAGUAGAGAGGAUGACCACUUCACAUCGGCUCUAGGCAGCAGCCGCUACUCCGCAUAGUGCCCCUGGCCCCGGAGUGUCUCGAUCCCGGAGAUGCGAUAGCCUGCUCCGGGCUCUGCACAAGUCAGGAUUCUCGCUAGAGUUUGAGGAACUCCCGUAAAUUAAGAAUGUACAGUUUAUAUAGUCUGGAGUAAAUAACGUUAUCUCGAACUAGGAUUUGGUUAUUUUAAGCUAAGAAUUUGCGGAUGAGUUACGAUCUAACACACCUGGUGUUUACCAUAUUCCACUGUAUUACAACAUUCUACUAUCUAGGUUCAUGGUUCGGUCACUCUCACAAAGCAAAAAGCUACAUUUUAUAAUACCGGCCUACUAUGGAGUCAGCAUACAAAACUCUUGCUAUGAGCAUUAAGCAAAGCCCUUACUAUUACACGCUGCCACCCAGUCCUGGACCUGUGCUGACUCUGUGCUGCCAUUCAAGUGCAGCUACAUGCUGCUGCCCAGCCAUGAACCUACACUGCCACCCAAAUGUGGCCCACCACAGUUAGCUGCUGGCCUUUCCAAUCUGCCCCAAAAGGAACCCUGUAGUUUGGAUCUAGUCUAGGGCCUGGGGUGAGUUAGACAUCCCUGCAGUAGAGGAAAUGCACACAAGACUACAUCAGCAGUACAUGGGAUGCACUACUCUGGGAUGGUGUGCUGUAGAGAGCUCAGAAGAAACGGGACUGGCUAAAUUAAUAGUGUUGUUGGGUACUACCCAUUCAUCAGCAUGAGCACUAGUGAAUGGUUAUAAGAAUAAUGCUUAUACCAGUUUUACUCCCUUGCAAAGGGAAAAUAUAAUUACUGCAAUUGCUAAUUGAGUAUUAACCACAUUUUGCCUGUUUACAGUCUUUCUCCCUUACUGUUUACACACUACUGAAAGUUUCAGCAUGGCAUGCAGCUAGCAGCAACAUAAAUUGAGUAUUAACACAGUUUCGGAGCUUGUUAUUUUUGUCAACGCUUAGCUUAUUUUUUUCUGAAAAAAGUAUUUUGAUUAUAUAACAUUGUGAUAUGAACUAAACAUAAAUGAAUGCAAGCUUACAACCAGUAGUUGUUUUUUUAGGGAUUUUAGCCAAGCAUAUCAUCAUAUGUAGUAAAAUGUGUAAAGCAGUAAUUACUAGUACCAUUGCACAAGAGAAGCUGAGAACUGAAUCGUGACAUAUUUUGAACAUUCUCAGCUGUUAUCUAUAUGUUAACAGUAGUAUUUGUGUAUUGAUUUUGGGUACUGUACAAUUACGUUGCAACUAAAAAUGCUGGAAAAGUUUUCCUGUGUGUUCUUUUAGCAGUUGUUGCUGUUGAUCAUAUUUCAGUGAUGUCCUUGCUUAGUCCUUUUAAUGUUUUCCCCUGAAGCAGCUUCCUGUUCAGCAAGUGAUUUUUGCCAUGCAAUUGUAUGAAAGGAAAAGUUUUCUGUAUGGUAGCCAGCAAACUGAAGGUGUCUUCACAUUAUAACCCAAGUAUUGAACUCGUAUAAGUCUAGAAAGGUGAUGGUUACUAGGUUGGCAAAGCACUUUAUUUAUGUGGAAAGCAACUCCUUUGCUCAGUGUGAUACAAACAUGGAAAGCUGUGCAUGGCCUUACCUGCAUAUGAAUGCUAAUCGCCAUUAACCACCCUGGUAAUCCACAGUCUAUUAAGUUUGCCAUAGAAGACCAUGUUUCUAGUUUGAAAAUGCUAGUCAUUGUAGGCCGGGUCUUGCUUCAUGGAGGUGGGUUGCUUCUUGAUAAAUUUGUACCUUCAGGUAUCUGUUUAUUCUGUCAUGCUCAGAGGGAGUUUUUCCCUUUGUUUUGUUUUGCUUUACAAUUUAUAAUAUAUGUUAAGCUCACACAAGUACAAGUUCAUUGUUAAUCAAAUUGAAUUGAUAACUAUAGGAAUGGAAGACUAUAAUUACAAUCAACUUUAAGGAGCAUUAAUUAUGACCUUAUUUAAAAUUUGUAGGGGGAGGAUGUACUAUAAACUGUUUUGUAUUUUGUUCAGCUUGAAUAAUAGAUUUUUUU